AUGUCUAGCGAGUCCGCCCCGCCCCCGAUCGACUCGCUGUCCAUCGAACAGGCCAAGACGGAGCGUGUCUCCGGCCGCAGCAACAGCUUCUCCCAACAGUCGCGGGCCUCUGACGACUCUCAAACUGCCGCCGAUUUCCUUCGAGACCAGGAGAUGCUCGAGGCCGAUGCGCGCGAAGCCCUACCUUAUAGCAUCGAAACGUGCACCAAGAUCCUCGGACCGCUGCGACAAAACGUCUUCGCCUGCCUGACCUGCAACCCUGCGCCGGCAAAGGAUGGAGACGCCUGGAAUCCCGCGGGCAUGUGCUACGCCUGCUCCGUCUCCUGCCACGGCGAACACACUCUAGUCGAGAUCUUCCAGAAAAGGAACUUUACCUGCGACUGCGGAACAACGCGCAUGCCGUCGACCAGCCCCUGCACGCUGCGCAUCAAUAGCGAGACAAAUACCAAAGGCAAUGUCCACUCCGAAGAGCCGGAUGCGAACAACAAGUACAACCACAACUUCAAGAACCGCUUCUGCUGCUGCGAGUGCGACUACGACCCGUUUGAACAGAAAGGAACCAUGUUCCAAUGCCUUGGCUUGGGAACGGAAGAGACCGGAGGCUGCGGAGAGGACUGGUAUCAUCCUGGCUGCUUGGUCGGCAUGGGCCCCAAGUGGUAUGAGAAGAUGGACAGCAAGAAGCCAAAGUCAGCACCAAAGGAGACGGAGGGCCAAACCAAUGGCCUGGCAACCAUCGCCGAGAGUGAUGAGGCACAGCCGAUCAACGGCACGGCGGAAGCCGGUGAUGUGGCUGUUGAGGACGAGGAUGACGAGCCGCCCAUGCCUCCCGGGUUCCCAGGCGAAGACGACUUUGAAGGGUUCCUGUGUUACAAGUGCGUUGAUGCGAACCCGUGGAUCAAGCAAUAUGCAGGAACCUCGGGCUUCCUACCAGCCAUCUUCCUAGAGCAGCCCGCAGCGUCUGCGCCCUCUCCACCGGAUAGCACGACCACCGUUGCGUCCAAGAAGCGCAAGGCUGAAGAUGGUGACGAAAACCGUGCAGAUGCUAAGCGCGUUAAGAGCGAAGAUGAGGAGGACGGCCCGACCUCGUGCAAAUUGCCCAACCUCCCUGCCGCACCCAAAGGUCGCUUCUCCCUCUUCUUCAAAGAGGACUUCCGCGAGAAGUUCUGCCGCUGCUCAGACUGCUUCCGCCACCUCAACGCCCACCCCCAGCUUCUGGAGGAGGAGGAAGUCUACGAACCCCCUCUGUCCGACGACGGCGCUUCGCAGCACGGAGGCUCAACGCACGGAAGCGGCAGCCUGCUCGACCGGGGCGAGAGCGCCCUGCGCAACAUGGACCGCGUCAAGGCGAUUGAGGGCGUCAUGGCGUACAACCACCUCAAGGAGCAGCUCAAGCCGUUCUUCAAGCAGUUUGCGGAGAGCGGCAAGGCCGUCGGGGCGGAGGACAUCAAGGCAUAUUUCGCAAAGCUGCGGGGUGACGAGCAGGGGAUCAAGGAGGCGGGCGAGGCUGCCGCGUCGUCCAAGGAGAAUGGGGACGAUGGGGGUGGUGGGGGUGGUGGGAGACGCGAGCAGAGCGGAUAUUGA